CAAUAUGAGGGUGAACAUAUGAUUUAGAAUGAGCAGGUGGGUUACAUGUUUAAUGUGUUGUGUGAACGCGGUUCUAUCAGGAAAAGAUACUGACGAAGAAUUUGAAGAUUUCAUGAGAAAAGCUCGUACCACUCUUAGACCAAUGAGCUACAGAGAACGAGAGCUGAAUAAAAUGGUGGAAGAUAAUAUCGUGCGGUUCAACGAGGCAGUCACGGAAAGCGAUUCAACAGACAAAGAAGGCCCAAGUUGGUGGGAAGCAUACAGACUUGCCAUGUAUGGUGAACAGCUAAAUGGAAGAGACAACGAAGUCCACCCUCAUUACACCUCCACCCCUACUUGGAAACCUGGAACCCCGGUGAUAAAUAUACGAUUAAAAACUGAACCAACGAUACGGUGGUUGACUUGAAAGAUUUUUGGAUUCCACAUAUAAACUUACUAUAAUUGUUUUAAGGUUUUAUUUUUUAUUAAACUGCAGAUAAAAGAAA